ACUCAAUCCUUCUCUCAGCUCUCAUACACUACUUCCUCUUCCCGAUCCGUCCCGAGCUUCUCUCGCGGCAUCCCAUCGGUCCAAGAGAAGUCUCAUCCGGCAUCAGGAUAGGCGUCGAGCGAGCUGCGAGCUCCAGUCACUUGGAUUCAGAGUCUGGUUGGUGGGACGGCAGGAGCUCUCCACCCCUGCAUAUUGUGAGCUUCAUCUGAGGAUCGCCUUGCAAGCAGCGCAUUCUGCACCGGGGCAACAGCUCCUCCAGCAGAAGGGUCUGAGCAGGAUAUAUUCGAACACGAGAGCUCGAGCACUAGCACCGCGGCUUCCCGAAAUGGUGACAGGAAUGAGGAGCUUUUUGAUGACUGUGGCAGUCCUUCUCUUCACCGAGAAGGCGUUUCGUGUAGCGGAUGGGUGGUCGACUGCCCACGCGACAUUCUACGGCGGGAGUGACGCAUCUGGCACCAACAAUGGUGCAUGUGGCUACAGCAAUGUCUUCGCCCUCGGAUACGGGACGAUGACAGCGGCAUUGAGCGCGCCGCUCUUCAACGACGGGCUGUCGUGCGGAGCGUGCUUCCAAAUUCAGUGCUCGGGCGACGCGGCGUGCUACUCCAACUCCAUCACCGUCACCGCGACCAACCUCUGCCCUCAGGGCAGCUACGGAGGCUGGUGCGACUACCCGAACGCGCACUUCGAUCUAUCGCAGCCCGCGUUCUCUCAGCUCGCCCAGACCGUCGCAGGUCACGUCACUGUCAACUACCAGAGGGUGAACUGCAACAGGCAGGGAGGAGUGCGCUUCCAGAUCGAUGGCCACACUUACUUCAUGCAGACUCUGAUCUACAACGUCGGCGGCUCAGGCGACGUGGUGGCCGUCCAGGUCAAGGGCUCCAAGACCGGCUGGAUUAGCAUGACAAGAGGGUGGGGCCAGAAUUGGCAAACUGGCACGGUGCUUGACGGACAGGCGCUCUCCUUCUCCGUGAAGACCAGCGAUGGCAAGACAUUGUACCACAAUAAUGUCGCUGACUCUAACUGGAAGUACGGGCAAACAUUCGAAGGGGCUCAGUUCUAGGCUCUCGCAGCAGCAGCAGCAUCGCAUCCUGUAACAGUAUAAAAUCGAAUCAUCCAUUUCCAUGAAAAUCGAAACCGGACCGGUGGCAGGGUUUUUGUCUUCCAAACCUCUGAUAACAGACAAUCUGGGAGCUGUCACUACGACUGUGGAUAAUCCGGUGGCUUUGUAUUUCAGAAUGGUGCUCUCCGAUGCUGAGGUCCGGGCAAAGGCCGCCCACUCAGAGAGCCCAAUCAUACGACUAGGAAAGUCUCGAGAAGCUGAUAGUAUUACCUCAAACAGAGGGUGCAUUCAAGGUAUAAGGGGCUUAUGUGUAAUAGAUGUUGGAAUAGACGCUUUUGAAUAGUCUUUCUAACUGUGUAAUUUGUAUCCGCUGUGAGAAAAUGAGAGCGCUGAGAUGAGCGACCAUGCCAUCCGCCUCUCUCCAUAUUAGGAUAUCUUUGCUCGGAACACCCAAGUUAUUGUAUGGUUUACCGAUGAUAGUGAAAAUUUUACAUUACGACAUAUA